AGGAAAUUAAUGUUCCCGAAAGCCAAUGAUUUCUGUUCCUGCUGGUGUUUGUUUUCUCAAUUACCCACCUUUUCAUUUAACACCACUCCCGCUAUCUAACGUCACCACGGGGCACCUUGGACGCACUGGGGGAGUGUUGAGGUGACUUGAGGGCCUGUGGGUCAUCGGUCAUUGGUCCACAGGACCCUCAAGCAUCUCCGGCUCAAGCAGCCCCGGCUCAAGCAGCCGCCUCCUUCUCUGCCACAAAAACGCCACACACCAUUCAUUCCGACGACUUGGCGGACUGCGGAUGAGACUCUCUCUUCGGGAGGAGGAGGAGGAGGGGGAAAAAAGGAAAAACUUUUGGUCAGGAGAGUGCCUUGAGAGUCUGAUGGGCGUUUAGGUUAUCUGGGGUAAAGUGAUCAGUGCCCGCGUAUGGAUUACCGAUAAGUGCAAAAAGGAGCGCGGUCGUGGCAUUAGUUAUUUAUAUAUUCCCGUAAAGCGGCGGGGAUGAGAGAGAGACGCCACAGUGGCGAGGAUCGCCCGCUCUGAACCGGAGGAGUCACCGGCAGAUGAUGUCCCAACGUGAGAGUGCUUCCAGAGGAGACGAAGGAGGAUGAAGCAGGGGGGAGAAGGAUCGAGAGCGGCAGAGGUGGAAUAUAAUGAAGUUGAGUGGGAAAGGACUGUGCGCCGUCUUCUCCAGCACCCUCCUCUUCGUGUGCGCCCUGAGCGAAGUUGUCGUUGGAUUAAGAUGCGUCUCGUUGGGAUCUACGGUGAGAGCGCAUUUCCACCUCGGCGCCGCGGCCGGGGCUUUCUACUCCGGGCUACUUCUGGGAAUCGGGCAGGCGCUGCUGGGCUCCGCGCUGCUCUUUUGCGUGGAGAAGCCCGGCUGCAGGAAUUUCUUUCUCCUCGGUGUUGUGGUGUUCUUGUUGGGAGUCCUCACCGCCUUCUCCGGCGCGGUGGUGGACGGGGACACGGCUUCCCUGGUGGAGAGGAAGUACACCCAUUACUGCUUCCACCCGGUGGUUGCGAACCGUGCCUGCGAGCAUCUGAGGGAGUACCAGCGGAGUCUGGUCGUCUCUACUGUUCUCAGCACCUUGGAGUGCCUCCUCGGGCUCAUCAACCUGGUGGUCAUCAAAAGGUACAAAACAGCGCAGUUCUCUAGGAACCGAGAGUCCCAGAGGCAGCGCGCCGGUGCGAUCAUCUUCAGCGAGGAGCGGGACUGCUCGGGGGAUUUCCAGCCGGUGUCUUACAUCAACCUGGGUGUUUUUAAUGUGUUUGACGAGACAGGUGCAGAAGUGCAGUGCGGGGGACACCCGUCCAUCGAGCUGCCGGGAUACUCGCCCACGGACCCGGAGCUCAAUCAUUGCUUCCCUUUCUCCUACCCGCUCCCCAGCGAGCUGCCCCCCGCAUACGAAGACAUUUUCCCCGCCGAGGCAUGCAACACAUAGCCGCUCUGGAGCAGCCGCAGCAGCGUUUCUCCUCCGCUGUGACAAUCAAUGUCUCUGUGCUUAAACAAUGCCCCUCUUCUUCUCCUCUUCUUCUUCCAACAACAGCAGUAAGUUACACAGUAGGGCAGCAGCAGUGGAUUUGAAUUCACCUGAUUUUCUUCUCAUUCUGAUAUUUUCUUACAUCUGCCUGGUAGUGUGUAGGCUCCAUCACCAGUCACACUGGCGAGAUGAACAGAUAAGUGAUCUGGCCCAGACAGUGCAGGCAAAUCAAGGCCCAUAAACGCAACAGCUUGCUAGUAUAACAAAAGCAGAGUUUAUGUUUUGAAUGUUUGCUGUUGACAUUUCUACUUGUGAAUAAAAAGUGUAUUUAACCUCAUCUGACGUCAUGAAGCUGCUGCAAUAGCUUUUGGAAAUCAUGUCGAUGAAACUUGAUUUUCAAGGUUUCAACCGACUUCCUCUGAUUGUUAUGGGGCUGUGUAGUUAAUUAAUUGAACCUUUCUAUUUGAUAAUCAUCAGGAGCCAUGCAGUCUACAAUAUAAGCAAUUGAGCAAUUAAGAGAGAAACAAAGACCCCAACUUUAAAACCCACUUUAAAGGAACACUGCAGUACUUUAUUAUUUUGUUUUCAUAACGUUGGGGAACUCAAAAUACAUUCAUUAAAAAAGAGCAUUCAAAACUGAAUUAGCAGAUUACCAAAACACACUGACUUUUAGGCCCACGUGUGGGUAAAGCAUACAUUUCCCAUAAUGCAACAGGUUAACAGGUUUCACAAAACUAUCCUUGUCUGGCAGGGAGACACACCCUCUGUUUGUAGCACAGGCUUUCUGUUAUAAGUUUAAAGUCUCCGCCUCAAAACUGAGAUAACCCUAAUGACAUCACUAUGACAUCAUCGUUUUAAAAAUACUUUGCAGCGCUCCUUCCAGAGCCGUCAGAGGACAUUAUAUAGGCCUAACUGUUUUCCCAGGAUGAGUAGGCUAUUAGCACUUCUCAUGACAAGUAAAGACAACUUUAAAAAGUCUAACAGUGUUACUUAUAGGUCCAGUAUUGUGGUAAUUAUUUAACAGACCAAAGAGGCACAUAUAGAGGAAUAAAGUAGGAGCAGAUCGGACAUUCCCAUUGAAAUCAACGUAGCUGGAUGGUCAGAGUGGCGUCUAUUUUUAUGUGCGUCUUUGCCAUUGCGACCGUAUAAACUAAGCCGACUUACAGCAACAGGAGGAAGGGGCACACUCACCGAGGUGAGGUUUUGAAGUAACCACUAAUCUGAGCAGUGGAGUAACUUUACGAAGCAUAGAGAGCAAGAGUAAAUGAUUAAAAACUUACAAGUUAGUGCUUCAUCCACACACUCUUG